AUGGCCCGUGACCGAGGCAUGACGAAGAAUGAAAGCGAGGCGAAACGGAAGGCGGAGAAUUUUGACGUCCCACAACUUGGACAAGAUGCAGCAGAGAGGAAGAGAGCCCUGAACGUCCUCGCUCAGCGGCGUUACCGACAGCGACGAAGGGAACAGCUGGAACGACUCCGGGCACAAGCAAACACAACUGAUGACUUCGAUUUGCCCAGGACUCAGAGCGACGCUGCAGACGUUCAUACGACGCACAAUGUUGACUCGGUUCAGUCUCUGACCCAGGUUCAUUCAGAAUCACGACUCACCUGGUCGGAUGAGGAUGGAUCAGCGUUGGUCCCUGGCGUCUACGAUGGAGACCGGCUACCCGAGGCCGUUGUCUCUCAACAAGAUUACCUGCCAGUCUUUCCCGAGAACACUUUAAACUUCUCGACAGAGGACCAGUGCCUAUGGGACCCCUUGCUUUACUAUCCAGCCUCCGCAAGCACCUCUCCAUCGGGUAGAACGAGCUCUCCUUCAAGUGGAAGUGCAGCCUUGUCUUUGAUAUCUGCACCAGUGGCACGAAGGAUAUCGGAGGCAGCAAAAUCAUCCAUUACAGCGGCAACUACACCGUAUUCGUUUUCCGACGAAGCAAAUUUUGACAUGCCUGAGGUGAAACUGCUCAGCGGCUGUGCCUCUAGUGCCAGGCGACUGAAUGUCCAGGAUCUCAUUUGGUCGAUCACCUCACUCUCGCCCUUUGCGGAGCCUGGCAUAGCAAUGGCUCAAUUCAACCACUUGCCUGUGAAUCUCCGACCGACAUCUAAUCAAAUGUCGAUACCACAUCACCCUAUUAUCGAUCUGUUACCUUGGCCAUCGGUGCGCGACAGGAUGAUCAUGAUACUUUCUCAGCCGCCCGAAGUUCGACCACCAAGUGCAGCAUUGCCAACGGCGCUCUUCGAAUUCGUAUAUGAUCUUGAAGACAGUGCCGAGGGGAUGCGGAUCUUUGAAAACGAUCCUUAUUCCGAGCAGAACUGGGAGAUCGGCGAAAAGGUCUUCAAGUCGUGGUGGUGGAUGUUUGACAAAGACAUCAUCCGCCGAAGUAAUCAACUGCGCGCGUUUCGAGGGGCUCCAAUGUUGGGCAGUGGGAGCGUAUUGGGAGAGGUGGCCUGGUUCUGGCAACAUUAUGCAUGGGACAUUUGUCUCUUCGAGGGAUCGCUCUCUCCGGAAAGCAUGACUGACCAGAUGUGCUCCUUUCUAUGGUCAGUUGGAUCUUCAGACAUAACAAAGAGCACAACUGUGCGGCGCUCGAGUGAGUCAGGGCGGGUUGAGUAG